CCAAACUGCGUCAAUACGAUGGUGACCAUGCCCCCAAAGAAGUUCCGGAUCCACCGGAGCUGUAUCGAUUGUCGCAGGUGGUGGUCUCAUCGAACAAGGAUCCAUAAACCUAGGAAUUGGAAAAAAAUUAGAAAUUUUUUUUUUGCCGCCGACAGGAAUCCGGCCACCGCCACACACACUUACUCCUGUAGCGUUCGCCACCGCCACGAUGCCCUCGCCGCCCUCUGCCUCGUCCUCCGUCGGGCGCCUGCUGCUCGUCGUCGUCGGACAUGGCGGGGAGAAGUGGAUCUGCAACAGCGCUCCGGGUUUGGCACCUUCGUCGGGCUUUGAGCGCGGCCGCCUGAGACAGAGGCGGUGCCCUCUUCUUCUCGGCGUCGUCGCUCUUUCCUUUGGCGUCGGCGCUGGGUUGGAGGAGGUGAAGGAGGGAGGGUCAGGGGGAGUGUGGUUCUGGCGAGAGGGAGUGGGGCGAGGAAGGGGAUAAGAAAGAAAAGGAAGCUAGCGACGGCGCCUGAGACUCGGGCGCCGUCGCUGCUUUCCUCCUUCAAAACUCAAUAUUCUGAGUCUCGGGCGCCGUCGCUGCUUUCCCCCCUUCAAAACACAAUAUUCUUGUAAAUAGUUUUUAAACCACUAUAUUCGUGGUAAAUUUUAAAAAAGCAAUAUUUAGGGAAUUAACCCCCGCAUUGACGUAGUACAUUUACUUGAACGAAAUGGGCAUAUUGAUUUUCAGAAAUUUGGGAAAUGGUGCAGAUUGGUUGAUUUAUAGACGGUUGGUUGUUUACAUGAUUGUAAUGUACAAAAGCUAACUGAACGAAGUAAGGCAUGGGUAGAAUGGGGUCUGUGAUAGCGUAUGCGAAUGGUAUUUAGGAAAGCGUAACUUCGCGUACGCUUAGGCGCGUCUAGGCAGCCACAAAACGCUUUGUCUAGGCCCUAUGAAGACUAUCAGGCAUUGUCUAAUUGGAUUUAGACACGAUUAAACUGGAGUAAGGCGUUAUUAAUCAAAGGCGAUGCACACUUAACUUAAGCAAGUUGGCGGAUCAUAUCCUAUCUUUCCAAAACGACACAAUCUCCAACUUCCCUAUAUUUAAUGCCUCUUUCCUCAAUUUGGAAUUGCAAGUCUAGGUCAAAGAGCCAAAGACUCGUAACUUGGGAAUCGCAACGGCUUCUCAUUGCCGCACCAUUCUUUUGCCAUCUACAUGAUUUUCGUUGUUGCCUACUACAAUGCAUCACAACCCAUGAACUUCGUCUUUCUUCUCCAAAUUUGGGUCGCCCCGACCCUCUGUCCUGCUCUUCACCAUCGUCGAACGCAAAACAACCACAAUCCAUGACUUCUUCUUUUCUUAUCAUGCUCUGGUCGACCCGACUCUUUGUCCUACUCUUCACCAUGAUUGACUGCAGAGAAGCCACAAUCCAUGUUUUUAGUAUUGGUAGAUUACUAUUUUGGGAGCCUUCUUUUGUAGUAUUCUUCUUUUGUUAUCCAUAGAAUAAAACUACUUAUUCAUA